AUGAAUUUUUCAUCUAAAAAAAAGCAAAUACUUGAACAUUUCGGCCAUAUUCAUAAUUUGAUCUAUAAUGAAGAAGAAAUAAAUGACGAAAAGAACAAUGUUUGUUGUGGGUGCAAGCAGCUAAUAUCAGGUCCUAGUUACAAUUGUUUAAAAUGCAGCUUCUUCCUCCAUAAAGCCUGUGCAGAGCUACCUCGAGAGAUCAACCAUCCCUUGCACAGGAAACACCCUCUCACUCUCUUAAUGGUCCAGCCAUUCUGCACAGGUUGGUGUGAAGAUUGCAACUUCUGUUUAGACUUGAAAUGUGCUACUCUACCAAUCUCAGUUAGACACAGAUUUGAUGAGAAGCAUCCUCUUAAGCUUACAUAUGAUUUUGUUAGCGACAGGUCGUUUGACCAUUACUGUGAGGUAUGCGAGAUGAGAAUAGACCCUGGGACUUAUGUCUUCAACUAUGCACCCUGGUUUUAUGGGUGUAAAGAAUGUGACAUUUCUAUUCACCCUGAAUGUGUUCUUGGAAGGUACCCAUAUAUCAAGUUUGACAGAAGUAGUGCUUAUUCACUUAGUGGAAUCCAUUCACAUGGUCUCACUUUAGUCCAGAAACCUUUUAUCUUGGUCAAGAAGAGAAAGUUCUACCCGCCAUGUGAUCACUGCGCUGAGCCUUUUGACGAGGACUUGGCUCUGCAGUGCAGUCAGUGUAAUUUCAUCAUCCACCGGAAAGGUCCUUGUUUUACCCAAAACGUGCAACAGUAACGGGAGAAACAGACUUUGUUAUUUAUGAAGUUACUAAAAGUCUUCUUACCACAAUUCUUGGUCUUGUACCCAAGAGUAAUAUUUUUUUUUGUUUAUUUAAUAUCUGAUAAAUGAGAUGUAGCCUAUAAGCAACA